ACGCCGACCUUUCCAAUACGGCCGCCGCGUUGGCACAUCGCUGAGCUGGGUUGCUACAGCAUCCUUUUGUCGCUAGUAUUCAAAUCUACGCAGUACUGUAAACACUUGUGUGGCGUAAAUAAAGUCCAGAAGGGAAGGUCAGCAUGGUCCAAAAACUACUCAAUAAAUUCGUCGGUGCCAAGUACGUCACGAUAUUACGGACGUGGGUCCCGAAUAUGGUGGCGUGGGGUACGGUGGGCGGCGUGGCGCUGGUUCACUUCACAGACUGGCGGGUCGUCCUCGACUACGUGCCGUACAUUAGGGGCAAGUUCCGUAAGGACGACUGAAGACUUUUUCGAUUCAGCUCCGCUUAUCCUCACAAGGGUCGCGGGGAGUGCUGGAGCCUAUCCUACCGAUCAACGGGCAGGAGGCGGGGUACAUCCUGAAUUGCCGGCCAGUCACAGGGCACAUACAGACGGACAACAGUCACACUCCAAUUAGUGCAUGUUUUUUGGGAUGUGGGAGGAAACCGGAGUGCCCAGAGAAAACCCACACAGGCACGGGGAGAACAUGCAAACUCCGCACUGGCGGGGUUGGGAUUUGAACCCCGGUCCUCAGAACUGUGAGGACAACUCCUCAAGACGACCGCUGAAGGAUUGCGUUCUCUCCGUUGCCUGUUGUGGUUUUUCCAUCAUUGUCGUGUGUUCAUAUGAUAUGUUAGCUGCCUGCUCCUCCUGUGGUAGCAGAAAUAAGAAAACAUCGGUUAUUUCCCAACGGUUUUGACGUGAAUGCUUUGUUGUCGUGCGCACGCACGAAUCCCCACCCAUCCCCUCAACGUCCGUGCUUCCCUGCAAUAAACCGAAUUUUAGAUAACUGAAUUUCACUCUCCCACUCGCUCGAACGCACACAUACAGAAGGUAGCUCAAUACACACACUCCUUAAUUGGAUCAUCGUAAUGUUAUCAGUAUUUGUGUUGUAGACAACAAUUUAUUACAGAGACGGAUCGCUGCUUCAGAGUCCCCAGUUUUAAAUUGUCGGCUAGAAAAAGGCCGCUUCCAAUAUGCGCAAAAACGUCAAAUAACAGUGCUUAAAAUUUCCGAUAUUCGGCUUGUCGGGUAUUCUCUUGGUUUUAUGUUUAGUUUGACAGUGAACCUUAACUUUUGAGUGGUAUUCAAGGGAAAUUCCGGUGGUUUGGAUGAACAAUCUAAUAGGUCAUGUCAUAUGUACUGUACCUUGACAAUGUGAUGUUAAUCCUCUCUUUUAAUGUUUAUUUUUUUUCGAGAUUUUUAAUCAGCAACUACAAAUUUUCAUGGGUGCCGCCAUUUGGCGAGUCACAUGACCUACGUGCGCAGAUGUGACGUAAUAGCCACGGCAACAAAGGCUCGCUUACUUUGGGAAACAAUUGAGCCCAGCGCUGAUUUCUCAGAUUUAUCCUCAUCUGAUGAAGAAAUAGCAGUAUCGGUUGAUCGGGAAGACGGAGGAAUACUUCCGUAUAGAUUUGAACCUGUGGUUGUAAAUAAUGUUGAAUAUUCCGAGGGUUCUUCGGACAGAAUGACGCGGAGUCUGAUGAGCGAGCUCCGGCAAGUGGCUGCGAGCAUGUGGCCACAAGUGAGCUCCGGCGAGUGGCCACGCGCGAGCUCUGGUUAGUGGCUAUGAGCAAGCUCCCGUGAGUGGCCGCGAGUUAGCUCCGGCGAGGGAGUGAGUGGCCGCGACGAGGGAGCAAGUGAGCUCUGGCGAGCUAGUGAGUGGCCGCCGGCGGCUAGAGCUCGCUUGUCAGACUACGCGUCAUUCCGUCCGAAGAACCAUCCGAAUAUUCAACAUUAUUUACUCAUUCUUCCCGAUCAACCGAUACUGCUAUUUCUUCAUCAGAUGAGGAUAAAUCCGAGAAAUCAGCGCUGGCCACGAUUGACCCCUCCGUACAGGGCACUUAACCACGCCUCCUGAAGUGACGUCACGCCACGUGCGCUGACGUAAGACAAACAAUUCGUAAAAAUGGCAAAUACAAUACAAUACAUUCUUAACUGAGACAGACGCCAUGCUUCUGAUUUCAUUCAAUCAUUCACACGUAGCGAAGUUAUGCUAGCGAAGAACGUCUCAUUCAUUUAUACGAGAUGUGUAUUAAAAAUCUAAUUUAGCGCAUAUCUUCGUGCAGACACAGUCUGGUUAAGCUUCGGCCGCGAGCCGGCAAGAAAGCGACACGUUUGUGCAGUCCGAUCAUCGCUAAAUAUCGCUCAACAAAGAAUAAGUGUGUCAAUCGUUCACACGCAGCAGUGUUAUGCUAGCGGAGAACUUCGAAUUCAUUUAUACGAGACGUGUAUUGAAAAUCAAAUAUAAGGCAUACCUUCGUGCAAACAUGUGUUCCGGUUGAUAUUAGAUGGAUUCAGUUGAUGAUGCGGUCUUCCACAAAGUUUGAUCCAUCGAAGGCAUUUUACGUACUGGGUCUUCGGUUUUGGAAAGGGUACGAAUCGAACUCCACCAACUAGCCUUUCAGGAUACCUGUCGUCACUAUUACAAAGUCCGUGACUACACCUCUUAACCAUAUCUAUUGUUAAAUAACCCAAAUACGUGAUAAAACGCUAAAAAAAACUAUACUGUACCAUGCAAUGUUGUCUGAGAAAAUGGCGGGAGCAAAAACGGGCUUUGGUCUAUGCAGAUCUCUGGCCUCUGAUUGGUCAGUGACGCGGAUUGCGCAAUAUCCACGGAGAGGUCAAUUGUUUCCCAACGUAAGCGAGCCUUUGCUGCCAUGCCUAUUACGUCGAAUCUGCGCACGUAGGUCAUGUGACUCGCCAAAAUGGCGCCGCCCAUGAAAAUUCGUAGUUGCCGAUUUAAAUUCUUUUUUUUUUUUUUUUCUCAAAACACCAUUAAAUGGGAGAGGAUUAACCUCACAUUGUCAAGGUACAGUACAUAUAACAUGACCUAUUGGAUACAUUUUUAAUCCAAAACCACCGGAAUUUCCCUUUAAUACCACUCAAAGGUUAACGUU